UCACUUACUCACUACACACUUCUCUCAAAACAUCCAUAUACACACAUCACCAACAGAGAUCUACAUCUCUACUACCCACAACUUCAUCGCACAUAAACAAGUCCAAACCACCUUGUUAUAGUCCUCGUGACCCAUCCGUCAGUCACGCUGUCGCCCUCCAAGCCACUCCGUUUCUGGCCCCCCUUCUACUACUCCAUUCAGGAGACACUUCGAGUUGAAAGACCUCGUUAUCGCACUCGAACACCCCUCCGUCGUUCGGCAACCAUGCCUGCUCCCAUCGAGCAGCCCUCCGAGCCCGUCGUGCUCGUGCGCGACCCCGAGGCUGACGAGAGCUACGUUAUCUCUGCCUACGAAGCCCACGCCGACCACUGCACUCGAUGUGCAGACCCGAUGACCGUGUACGAAGAGAAGCGCUCCCUCUGCAAGCGUGGUACCCAGUAUGCCCGGGACGUGGCCGAAUACCUUCGCAGCAAGAACGGGAAGAUCUACUCCGUGGUUGACCUUGAGCGCAACCGAUCCACCCUGGUCAGGGUGCCCCUCAAGUGCGUCGCUGUUCGCCAGCUACUGCUGGCAAUCGAAAAUGGUCUGCGUGUGAACACCAGGGAGGAAGUCACCGCUCGCGAGCGGCCGAUAAUCAGCCACGAGCCAGCCCCUGUCCGCCGGACUGCCACCCAGGAGGAUGUGGCCUGCACUGCGAUCAUUGAGCGGGAACCACGAUCCCUGAAGCGUCACCGGGUCAUCGUCUACACCUCUCCGCAGAGCUCUCCCAGCCGUGGGUCUCUGUAUGAGGCCGACGCAGCUGACCGCAUUGCGCGUGUCAAUCGGUCCUCGCGCAUCUACCGGCCGAGCGACUACUACCGCUGAGGGACAUGAGCAGGGCUUCUGAUGCAUCUAUUAAGGUUUCACGCAUGCGCAAUUGUGGAUAUUUCUGCGGUGCAAAGUCACCAUUAUCACCUUUCCGGCCCCGUCGCAGCAAAGGCUAGACCAGCCUGCGACACUGGCACGAGCCAUGUCCGAUGGUAGCCAGCUUAUCUAUGGGUCCUCGGGGAUAUUUAUACCCCGCCAAGAGAUUGGCUACAUCCUUGUUGGAGGAGCUGGCUCCCUUGCUUACUGUUCUGUUACCGACCUGCUGUCUGAUUCGAUCCUAUUUGGGGUGAAGACGAGGAAACGAACGAAAGCAACAAAAACAGGCGAAAACACAAAAAUCACCCACCAAAAAAAGAAAGGCACGCAAAGGAGGAAAUUUCUUUUACUGCUGAGCAAACCAGGCUUCAAUCUGCACACUGCAGCUCUGACUCACUCCUACUCCAAGUGGUCAACGGCGCCCACCAUCCGAUGGCUGCAGCUCACCUGCAUGCAGUCCCCCGACCGAUGAUCCACCCGGAUCAUCCCCUUCCCCUCAUUUGGUCUUUUCAUCGGGGACUCGAACGAGUUACACCCACUUUUUUCCUUUGUCGAUGUAAUGAUUCGUGCUUACGCGUCCAAUAAGUGAUGCUGUAUUUUAAUGUGAAAUUUAUUUGACAAUAGCCAAGUGGCCUACUGCAAG